AUGUCUUCGGCGGAGGCACAGAAAGGCCGCAGGGCCAUGCAGUCUUAUGAAAAGUUCUCCCAGUUGUUUCCUGGCACUCUUUGGGAGCGUGUGCGGCAGACCCCACACCAGGGUGAUCGGAUCUUUGAGAUCAUGGAGUUUCUGCACUCAGGUCUAUGGCUCCGAUGCCCAAGUGAGGGAACAUUGGCCAAGGUCGUCGCUGUCUGCGUCGCCGCAGAGAGCGGUCGAGCGAUGAGCAGGUUUCGCAUGCAUGAGCUGAUGGAGCAAGUCCGUGCAAUUUGGAAGUCGCUGACGUCGAAGCAUAGGCUCCAGCAUGGCGAAGUGCCAGAGUUCUUGCUGACGAAGACAAACCUGGCGGUAGUGCCGUCGAGUCAAAUGGCGCUCAUGCAGGGCAUGUGCAUGAAUCCAAUGGCUGCGGCGUGCGCCUGGGCGGCGUUGGGGUCGGCCGCCACGCAGGCAGCAAACGCUCAGCCGAGCAUGCUGGCCCUCACCGCGCCCGAAGCCAGCGCUCCUGCAGAGAGAAGCCCCGCCCCGCCAGCGAGCGCUGUCUCGGUGGAGGACUUGGAGGACUCGCAAGCGCCAAAUCCUUGCGGACGCAUGCCGGCUCUGACAGCGGAGGACCUUUCAGGCAACCAGGCAAGCGCAAAAGAAUGCGUCAAGGAGGAGGCGGAGGAUGAGGUCGCGGCGAAGACACAGGAGGAGAAGCCGGCAGCGUUGCGCGAGGCCAUGACCGGCGCACUGCGUGAGACAAAGGAG